AUGCCAAUUCAUAUAAGAUUGAACCUUCCCGAAGCAAGAUCCGAGGUGACCGCCAUGCUCGACACUGGAGCAGACGAGAAUUUUAUAUUAUAUAGGUUCCUACUCGAAGCCGGCUGGGAGCUGACUCGGAACCUAGAACAACCUGUCAAAUUCGUUGACGGGCAGGUCACUACUUGCUUCGCUAUCCUCAACCUUGACACCACGGUUAUUGACACAAAGGGGAGAGAAAAGAACUAUCCCCUAUGGUUCUAUGUAAUCAACAUGACCGGAUUUGAAGCCAUCCUAGGGAAGACCUGGCUUUGGGACGAAGAUCCUAUGAUCCUUACCUGGCGCGGGCAAAAGUGGCAAUUUUGA